UAGGAAUAAGUAAUAUUUAGUUUGGCUGUUGUCGUAGGUUCGGAUAGUUCGGGUACCAAAUCUGUCAUCUGGGACUUUAUCAACGGAGUUGUCUUUAUUUUUUUUUAAGUUUUGGGAAAAGAAGAGGGAUAUAUAAACAUGACGGGAGACUGAAAAAAUGUGAAAAUAAUGGCUUUGUCUGUGUUAGCACCCUCACAAACAAUAUAUUGGUGUUGCUUCAUCUGAUAUGAUAAAUAAUAAACCGAGAAAUAUUUCUCUGAAUGGAAAUGAUACUGAAACGUCAAAGGCAGAACAUGUGGUCACAACAUCUGAAGAUUUGACAAAACAAGCAUGUUCUUCUCGGUAUUCCAUGUCCUAUAGUGGAAAGUCAAAUAUUCCAUCAAGUAUCAAACCAUCUCUUGGUAUCCAGGAUGUUAACAAGUCUUCCCAGCAGCAUUUAGGACAGCGUUCCAGCCAACGACUUACCUAUCAGGAUGUAAGUGUUUCUAAAGUUGAAAAGCACUUAAGUGAUAGAAGUAGUGGAGAGUUAAAGGUUAGAUCUGUGCAAAAGCAUCUGAGUGCAUCAGAACCAAUCAAUGCAGCAGAUAAAAGGAACAAGAGUGGCAUAUCUCAUGCUGCUUCUUACUUGUCUGGGUCUGUACGACGAGUGCAGUUCAGAACAGAUCGAACUUCUUUGGGCCUUACGAAACAAAACUCUUCUAAACUAGCUGUAAGCAAAGAUUUAAGGGAAUUGCCUUCUCCUGAUGAAACUCCAGAGUUGGCUUUUCCAAGCAAAUCUCCUCCUCCUUUCAAGACUAGUCAAAAACUUGGAAUGGCUGGAACGAGGCAUCAGUCAACAAAUGUUAAAAACGGUGACUUACGUCAAGAAGAUGCUGAGAAUAAAGAAGACUCAUUGGAUGAGAAUGGACAUGUUAAUAAAACAAAUAGUCGGCCCUUGAUUUCACGAUUUUCUUUCACUAAGACUGUUAGUAGAAAACCUAUUGCAGAAGAGUUUUUACCCCCUAGUAAAACAGAUUUGUCAUCAGAGUCAUGUUCUGAUUUUCUUGAUUCUUUUUACCCAAGUACUGUCUGUGAUAAUUCAGGAAACGAAAAUAGGAAUGUUGCAGUCAAUGGUUUGCAAACUACAAUUUUAUCUUCUAAUUUUGACAAAGCAAACUUUAAAGAAAAUCAGAACUUGGUUAAGAUACCCGAGGAAGGCUACAACAUAUGUCAGUCAAGCAAUACAUUUGUUGAAAAUCCCAGUCAUUUCUCAGUUUCAGUUACGGAAUCAAGCACUAAUCUAAAAGAUGAAGCAGAAGUUGUUUUUGAAAACAAAGUUCAUCAGGUUGAUCCUGGAACUAACAAGGGGGAAGAUAAUUCUUCAGAGCUCCCUCUAGAGGAAGAUGAAGCAGUGAAAGCCAGAGAUACAUCCCCGGAUGGACGUUUUCUUAAGUUUGAGGAGGAGAUUGGACGUGGAUCGUUCAAAACUGUAUAUAAAGGAUUAGAUACAGCCACAGGAGUUGCUGUCGCCUGGUGCGAAUUUCAGGAGCGACUUAACAAAAGUGAGAGACAGAGGUUUAGAGAAGAAGCUGAAAUGUUAAAAGGACUACAGCAUCCCAAUAUUGUUCGUUUUUAUGAUUACUGGGAAGUGAGUCUCCCAAAGAAAAAGUAUCUAGUAUUAAUUACCGAACUGAUGACAUCAGGAACUCUAAAAACGUAUUUGCGUCGAUUUAAAAAGAUCAACUUAAAAGUCCUGAAGUCAUGGUGUAAACAGAUCUUGAAAGGUUUGAAUUUUCUUCACUCUCGUUCACCUCCCAUCAUCCACCGUGAUCUAAAAUGUGAUAACAUAUUUAUCACCGGGACAACUGGAUCAGUAAAAAUUGGAGACUUGGGACUUGCCACACUGAAAAAUAGAUCAUUUGCGAAAAGUGUUAUAGGCACUCCAGAAUUCAUGGCACCUGAAAUGUAUGAAGAACACUAUGAUGAAUCAGUAGACGUGUAUGCCUUUGGAAUGUGUAUGCUGGAGAUGGCUACCUCUGAGUAUCCAUAUUCUGAGUGCAGCGGGCCUGCCCAGAUUUAUAAGAGGGUUACCAGCGGUAUUCCACCUCAAAGUUUUGGAAAGGUUGAAAAUCAUGAACUGAGAGAAAUCAUUGGUUGCUGUAUUCAACUCUCAAAAGAAGAAAGGUGAGAUAACAUACUUUA